CUGCAAAUGGAGACAAUGGCUCUAACAUUGCAGCAAAACAUUACCAUUAGCAUGAGCUUCAGAUCGCCGCAUCAUCACUUUGCAAAAUCCACACACCCAACUUUCUCUUUUACAAAUGAAAACACAAAAAACCAGAAACUUCAUAUGGAAAACCCAAAAAGCCGCCGCAUCAGUCUGCAAAAAUCAGGCCAAACCCAGCUGCUUUCCAAUCAGAAAAUCCCACCCAAAACUAAACUCGAAGCUCUUGAAACUGUCAUUAGGAAUUUAGAAGUCACUGUGAAAAAUGGCACUGAUAUUUACGACCCACAAAUCUUUGCUUCCCUUUUAGAAACAUGCUUUCAAUUGCAGGCAAUUGAUCAUGGUAUCCGUGUUCAUAACCUCAUUCCCGAGAAGCUUUUACGUAAAAACGUGGGUAUUUCAUCGAAGCUGAUUAGACUUUACGCGUGCAGUGGACAAACUCAGAAAGCCCAUCAACUGUUUGAUAAAAUGCCUAAAAGAAAUAACUCUGCAUUUCCUUGGAAUUCGAUUAUAUCAGGAUAUGCUGAGAAGGGUUUGUUUGAAGAUGCGUUAGCCAUGUAUUUUCAGAUGGUGGAAGAGGGUGUGGAGCCUGAUUGUUACACAUUCCCACGUGCAUUGAAGGCUUGUGGAGGUGUUGGGUUGAUUCAUGUAGGAGAGGAAGUUCAUCGGCAUGUGAUUCGUCGUGGAUUUGGAAGUAAUGGGUUUAUUCUAAAUGCACUUGUUGAUAUGUAUUCAAAAUGUGGUGAUAUUGUUAAGGCUCAAAAGCUCUUUGAUCAAAUUGGGACAAAGGAUUUGGUUUCUUGGAAUUCAAUGCUCAUUGGAUACAUGAGGCAUGAGCUCAUAACUAAGGCGUUAAACCUGUUUCGUCUUAUGAUACGUGAUGGAAUAGAACCUGACUCUGUUUCUAUAUCAGCAUUACUUGUGUCCAGAAUACCUUUAUCAAUUGGGAAACAAAUUCAUGGAUGGGUUCUUCGUCGAGGGACUAAUCAAGAAUUGUCCAUUGUUAACUCAUUGGUUGAUUUCUAUGCAGACCAAAAGAAGUUGAAGCAAGUGAGAUGGUUGUUUGAAAAUAUGCAUGAACGGGAUGUAGUGUCAUGGAAUUCAGUCAUUUCAGCUCACUCUAAGCAUCCUGAAGCCCUAUUGUACUUUGAGAAGAUGGUAAAAUCUUGUGACCUACCGGACAGUGUCACAUUUGUGUCUUUGUUGUCGGCAUGUGCUCAUUUAGGGAAACUAGAGGAUGCAGAGAGGCUGUUUAGAAUUAUGCAAGAGAGGUAUGAUAUUAGUCCAAGGAUGGAGCAUUAUGGUUGUAUGGUAAAUCUAUAUGGGAGGUUAGGAUUGAUAGACAAAGCUUUUAAUUUUGUAAUGAAAAAAAUGGAAUUUGAAGCUGGACCAACAGUUUGGGGUGCAUUGUUAUAUGCGUGCUACAGACAUGGCAAUGUUAAAAUAGGAGAAGUAGCUGCGCAACAUCUGUUCGAGUUGGAGCCAGAUAAUGACCAUAAUUUUGAGCUUUUGAUGAAGAUUUAUAAGAAUGCUGGUCUAAUAGAGGAUGUACAGAGAACAAAGCAAAUGAUGAUAGAACGAGGAUUGGAUUCUCCGUUACCAUAUGAAAGACGUUGAAGCUUCUUAAAACGACAUUUUGUCAAUGAUUUUACGGAUACACCAUACUCCCUAC